AUGUAUCGUGACACUUUACUGUGCCAACUGUUGGCAGUGGCCCAGGUCAUCUCAGGUCAACCUGGAAAGAUUGACACAGUGCAAGAUUGGGGGCUAUUUCUGCUUUAUAGCGUCAACCCUAGUCCACGUGACUGCUCUACCGUCCAUGAAGAAGUCCGUGAAGUAGCAACGUUCAAGCACUCUGCCAGCUUGCUGGAAACUGGCUCCUCAUCAUUACUGGAAACUGGCUCGUCAUCAUUACUCGAUGAGCGGAAACAGGCUGUCGUUCCACGGUUGCAUGCUUACGUUAUUCCAAUUAGGGAAAAACCUCUACACUGUGACCUCAAAACAUGGCAAUCCACAGUAACACUCAUGUUGGAAACAAUGACUGAUUGGACAACAGCAUUUGAUGCCAAAAAAAGUGUAGACCUAAUCGACUUUGACUUCCAAAAAGCUUUCAACAAACCAUCCUAUCACAUUACAUAA